AUGGCGGCGUCUUUUUCUUCCCCUCUUGCCUCCAUAGCAGGCCCAUCAAGUUCCUUAAAAUUAUCACAAAAAUCACCUUGCAACCACAAUUCAUUUCGUUUUGCAUCUUUCCUCUACAACCGCAACCUAAUUCAUAAGCCACUUGACCUUCAUGUAGGUGGGUCUAAGAAGGUUUUAUCGAUGUCUGAAGAGAAUCCUUCGUUUUCUUUGAAACUUGGUGCCUCAUUUAGUAAGAAGGAGAAAAUCUCUCCAGCUGGCAAGGAAAAAGAAACACAAGGUGAAGCUCAUUGUGAUGUUUCUGUGACUCGAAAGUCUAUGCAAUCCGCACCAGAAUCCGGGAUGGUUUCUUCGAUUCCCAAGAAGAUAGGAGAUACGUUUGGUACCUUUUGGGCUGGUGGUGGAACAGCUAAAAGGGUUUUGGAGCCAGGUGAAAAGGAACCUUUAACUUCCCUUAAUUGUCAGACCUCUGUUUUUAAGGAGGAGAAGAUCACUCUCGGUGGACAAGAUGAGUACAUUGUGAGAGGAGGAAGGGAUUUGUUUCACUUGUUGCCUGAUGCAUUCAAAGGGAUUAAGCAGAUUGGUGUCAUUGUUUGGGGUUCCCAGGGUGCUGCCCAAGCUCAGAAUUUAAGGGAUUCUCUUGCUGAAGCCAAGUCUGACAUAAAAGUCAAGAUUGGCCUCAGGACUGGCUCUCGUUCUUUUGCUGAAGCACAUGCUUGUGGUUUUACCGAAGAGAAUGACACUUUAGGUGAUAUUUGUGAGACUGUUUCAGGAAGCGAUCUAGUGCUGCUAUUGAUUUCUGAUGCAGCACAGAUGAAAGCUCAUGUUGUGAGGGGGAAGGAGAAGAAGGAAAAGAAAGCUCUGGCAUGUCAUCCCAAGCUGAGAUGA